AUGACGAAAGGUGAACUCAAUUUGAUGGUUAACCUCACAUACGCUGGAGGACAUAUGCAAGAUCAAGAAGGUGCCUACCAGGAUGCUUUCUUCAUACAGUUUGUCUUCUGGGGAAUAAUAUUACCGUUUAUAGUGGCCAUAGGCCUAGUUGGAAAUGUGCUUACCAUUGUUGUCUUGUGGCGGCGUGAAAUGCAAUCGCCAACUAUAUUUUACCUAAGGGGCCUUGUUAUAACAGAUACUGGAAUUUUAAUAAUGUCAGUAAUAGUGAUUACACCAUAUAGUAUGAGUAACUAUUUGUACACACAGCCGCUAGAAUAUUACAAACACAUGGUUUAUCCCGUUUUACAUACACCAAUGAAUUUUAUUAUAAUGACAUUACAAACAAGCAAUGUUUGGAUUACAGUAGCUGUUAGUGUGGAACGAUACAUUGCAAUUUGUCACCCGUUUAAAGCUACAAGAAUAUGCACUAAAAACAAAGCAUUAAUUGUGAUAAUUUGUAUUUGUGUGUUUUCCGUUGCGUAUAACAUUCCAAGAUUUUUUGCAACCCAUUACCGUGAAUGUAAUGAACAUGAGAAAAUUGGAAACCAAUCUUGUUUAGCUUUAGCUGACACCUAUUUUGGAACAACUUAUAUCUAUAAGACUGUAUAUAGUAUCGUAUUAUACUGUAUCAUAGUGUAUGUUAUCCCAUUGGCAGGGCUCUUUGUUUUGAACUGUUUUAUUCUCAAAGAAUUAAUGCGAAUGCAAAAACGACGGUCCGGUACCAAUAUCCACGAAGAGAAUGAAGCAAAUUUGAGUUUAGUUUUAGUGCUGAUUGUAGUGGUAUUUAUAUUCUGUCAAACGCCAGGUCUGAUAGCCCAGUUCGAUAUUUUUGAUUUAAUAACAUUUCUGAAAUGGCUAGCAGUCAGCAAUACUUUGUUUGUUUUAAACUCUGCGGUUAAUUUCCUUAUUUAUACUGCCUUUGGAAGAAAGUUCCGCCAAACUCUUUUACGUGUAUUCCGCCACAUUGUGAAAUCGACAAGAUCUCUGAGCAUAUCUCCCACAAGAGCUAUGACAAAUGGUUAUGAACUCACAGCAAUAAAUGAUUUAAACGACACUCCUUCAACGACAGUCCAAUACGUGCCAGAAAAGGUGUGA